UUGGUUCAGAAUCACAAAUUGGUGGUUGUGGAAGCCGAUGGGAACUAUGUUCAACCAUUUGCAGUGGAUGACUUGGACAUUUAUUCAGGAGAGAGUUACUCAGUCCUAAUAACAACAGAUCAAGACCCUUCAAACAACUAUUGGCUCUCAGUUGGUGUUAGAGGAAGAGAACCAAAAACCCCACAAGGUCUCACUCUCCUAAAUUACCUCCCAAACACAGCAUCAAAACUCCCCCUUUCACCACCACCAAUCACUCCCAAAUGGAAUGAUUACAACCACAGCAAGUCGUUUACCAAGAGAAUAUUUGCCCGGAUGGGGUCCCCUAAACCCCCGAGAAACUACGACCGUCGGAUCAUCCUCCUCAACACUCAAAACAGGGUCAACGGCUACACCAAGUGGGCCAUCAACAAUGUCUCCUUAGCACUGCCACCAACCCCUUACUUGGGCUCCAUCAAGUUUGGGCUCAAGAACGCAUUUGGCAACACAAGCCCGCCCGAAAGAUUUUCCGCCACCUAUGACAUCAUGAAACCCCCGGCCAACCCGAACUCAACAGUUGGCAGCGGGGUUUACAUGCUCGGGUUGGGCACCACGGUGGAUGUGAUACUGCAAAAUGCUAAUGCCCUAUCCGAGAACGUUAGCGAAAUUCACCCGUGGCACUUGCAUGGGCACGACUUUUGGGUUCUCGGUUACGGGGAGGGGAAAUUUUCCACGGAAGACGAGAAAAAUUUGAACCUCAAGAACCCGCCGCUUAGAAACACGGCGGUGAUUUUCCCGUACGGAUGGACGGCUCUCAGAUUUGUCGCGGACAAUCCCGGGGUUUGGGCAUUCCAUUGUCACAUUGAGCCUCAUUUGCACUUGGGGAUGGGAGUGAUUUUUGCUGAAGGUGUUCACCGAGUAGGGAAGAUACCUAAUGAGGCUCUUGCAUGUGGUUUGACUGCAAAAAUGUUCUUGAGUGGUAAGAAUAACUGAGAUUAUUGAUUAACCACUCACAAAUAUUAAUUGGAGCACUAUUUAUUAGAGUUUAUGUACUUCAACAAUACCCUCGGCCUAGAUAGCAUUUUUUUUUUCCUCUUCCUUUCCUUUUUUGGCUUAUUUUUAAGUAUGAAUAUAGAAUAAUUGUAUGCGAGAAGAGUAUUUUAUUGUGAAUGUAUUUGGCUCUUUGAUGUGCUAUCCAUGUAACCCGGACAUAUAUAUAUAUA